AUGCUUGUUGCGCGCUCGAUUGUCCCGAUUGCGGCUCGUUCUUUGCGCUCUGCUCCGUUGCGUGCCGUGCUCAAGAUGCCUGCGGCAACGUCGCACACUUUGUAUGUGCGUGCAAUGUCGGCGACAGCCCCUAGCUUCAAGAAGGAUAUGUCGUGGGUUGAGCAGGGCAAUGUCACGUACGACGAACUCAAGCCGUACACCCAGCAUCCAUCCGGGGAAAUCACUUUAAUUGAUGUGCGCGAGCCCCAAGAGACCGCACAGGGUAUGAUUCCGUCUGCGGUGAACGUGCCGCUGUCUGCCUUUUCGGUGGCUUUUGACGUGAACAGCUCUGCGCCACCCUCAGCUGACUUUGAGAAGAUCUUUUCUUUUCCCCGCCCUACUUAUGACCACAAAAUUGUGUUCUACUGCCGCACUGGAAGGCGCAGCGCUGAGGCGAUGGAAAUCGCACGCAACCGCGGCUGGUGGGACACCCGUAACUACCGCGGCGGUUGGGUCGAAUGGGAGGCCCAGCAGAAAGACGCAAAGGAGCAGGACUAG